UUCUGCAGCUCCGGAUCGAGCUCGCGCUUUGCCCACGCCAAUCGCGCGAGCUCGCACAAAAUCCAUUCCAUUUCACGAACGGAGUCCUUGGCAUCUGAUGCCUUCUGAUACCUCCCACAAGACCGUCCAAAAGCUGCAGCUCGAAGCGGUUCUUGGGAGGCUUUUGUUGCAAGAACUGGAUUUAUUCGAUCGAACCAGGCACGCUCGCUGCAGGGAUCACUGACGCCUGCGCGUCGUGAGGAUUGAUUCCGCGAGAACUUGAUACGGGAUCGAGUUAUUGGGAAUCGGGUUCUUUCCUCAUCAUUGGUGCGCGAGAAUCCAAUCAAAGGCGCGGCCUUUUUGCUCGGAGAUAAGCUGCGACUGGAGGCGGCGAGAGGUAGAGAGAGCAUGGGCGCGGGCGUGUCGGACCUCGCGGCGGGGAUGGAGGCCGGCAGGGUCGUCGGCGCCGGGCUGGGCGAUCUGCCGGAGCUGUGCGCGGCCGAGGUGCUGCUGCACCUGGACGCGCCGGACAUAUGCCGGCUCGCGCGGCUCAACCGCGCGUUCCGCGGCGCCGCGGCGGCGGACUUCGUGUGGGAAGCGAAGCUGCCGGAGAAUUAUGGGUAUCUACUCGGGUUCGUCGAUGGCGCGAAGGACGGGGAAGGGAGAGGACGGAGGAGCAUGAUGGGGAAGAAGGAAGUCUACGCGAGGCUCGCCAAGGCUGUGCCAUUUGACGGUGGCAACAAGGAAUUUUGGUUGGAGAAGAGCAAAGGCGGAGUUUGCAUAGCGCUGUCAUCGAAAUCACUGGUGAUAACGGGAAUUGACGACAGGAGAUAUUGGGCUCACAUGCCAACCACGGAAUCCAGGUUCCACUCGGUUGCAUAUCUGCAGCAAAUCUGGUGGUUUGAGGUGGUUGGAGACCUCGAAUUCUGCUUCCCACCAGGGACCUACAGUCUCUACUUCAGGCUUCAUCUUGGGAAGGCAUCCACACGUUUUGGUCGCAGGGUUUGCAGCUCCGAGCAGAUCCAUGGCUGGGACAGGAAGCCUGUGCGAUUCCAGCUCUCUACAUCGGAUGGCCAGCACGCCUUGUCACAGUGCUACCUAGAUGAGCCUGGAAGCUGGGUUCUGUACCAUGUUGGCGAUUUCGUUGCAUCAAGCACUGAACAACCAAUGAAGCUGAAGUUCUCGCUGGCCCAAAUCGACUGCACCCACACAAAAGGUGGUCUUUGCGUCGAUUCAGUGGUGAUAUACCCGAAAGGAUUUCAGCAAGAGAAGGUGAUUAGUUCUCAGAAAUGAACCUGUAGUUGUUUAUCUGAUCAAGUUGCUCUAAACUAGACUAUUAGAGUUCUAGGCAGUGUAGAUAAUAGGAUAGCCUACUGUUUUAAAAAUGGGCUUAUUGUAUGCAAAGAGCGAUUUUUGUAGUACGGCGGCGUGAGUGAGCUUUGUUGCUCUUUCUCACGGUGGCCAUCAGGCCAUGGUGCCGAGGGACUGUCUUAAGCUCAGUUAGGCUCCAAAAUGCUACUGAUGUAAGCAUACGAUACGAGCAUAUAUAGUUUUCAGGUUUUCUUUUGCCAUGCGGUUUGCUGUUGCAAUGUUGAGAAGGAUGCAAUUGUACUUCACAAGUGAAUUUUCCC